UUUCAACGUUGCUUACAUUUGACGAACGGCGUUAAAGUUUGGUUUGGCAAAUUGUCACGAAACCCCCCUAUCAGCUGGGGUCAACAAGCAAAUAUCACUCGGUGACUUUCUUUUGGGUAGGGUAUGUUAUCCAUUGCAGGUCGGGUUUGUACAGUUUUUCUUUAUAUCUCUUGGUCUCCAAUAUGGAACGGGUCACUAGGAAGUUGUGGUGGGUUGACGAAGGGGAAAUUUUGCUUCUUUCUAUGGCACGGAUUGUGCGAUUCUCAGGAUACCUCUCGAGUCUGCAAUAUCUUUCUUCUACUUUAACAAUGGUAUUUAACGUAUUCUUAAAGCGACGACGUUCUCCAUC